GUAAAUAACGGUAUCGGCCUGGUACCGUAGCUAAGCUUGGAUCAUGUCGUAGUCUGGAACACACAAAGGUAUAAUAAUAUUACAGGUUGGUCCACCAGCCAUACCCAAAGGCAACCGAUCUGUGUGCGCUUCGCUCGUCUCUGUUCGUUUACCAAUACUCCAACAUCUAGCUGGCAACGUUGCGCCAAAGAAAAAUCACAUAUCUGGAAGCGAUGACUCAUCCAUGGCGAAUUUUUAUUACUAUGCUGUGUGCUACAACAUUUGCCAGACACAAUCCGCUUGAUACAAAAGAUCAGCAUGAUCUCGAUGCCCUUGCCAUUUCACUUCACCUGCAAAAUCCAUACGAAGACAUUAAACGGGAAGCACGAAACCAGUUCUUGUCAACAGCUCAACGCUAUGGCUAUGAAGUUGACUCAAAGGAUUUGAUACGCCGGCUUGAAGUCGCUGUGGAAGAGCUGGCUUUCGGCUCCAUGCAGUAUGCAGUCAAUAACGACCCCGCCCAUCCGAAAGUCUACUGGACAAUGGCACCUCCUCGAACCAGGGACUUGGUGGAAUUGCCGGUUCCUGGCGGCCGAUAUGGAUUCGACAACCCAGAUUGUAUUUAUCGUACUGUCCCAGUGAGCGAUUCAUACAAUUAUAUCAUACACGGCAAGCGCACCGGCGUUGGUGCCUCGGACGUUACAUUCUCGCUUCAGAGCAGUCUCACCAGUAACACCAUCUCUAUUGUAACCGGGAAAGACCUCGUCGUGGAUCAUGACGGUUCCUUCACUAUUACCGUCAACCCAAGUACUUCUCCGUCCCCAAACCAUAUGCAAAGCACGCCAGCGGCUAAGCUACUUCUAAUUCGCCACAACAUCGGCGACUGGCUUUUGGAAAAUCCGGACGAGCUCGAGGUAGAGCUGGUUGGACAGUCCUUCACAGGAGACCGAACAAACGACACCAUUAUUGCACAAGCUAGAGAAUAUCUACGGAAAACCAUCCCCCCUCUAAACUUUGUUCUCGGAAAUCUAACAUUAUCUAAACCCGUCAAUUCCAUGGCUUCCCCAUCUCAAUCGUCGGGAAUGGGUUUGGCCACCCAGGCACUUGUGUUAUCGCACUAUAACUUGAGCAAAACUUCGGCCCUAAUAGUAACUGUUGAAGCUGAACCCUCAACUUACUGGACUCUCAAUAUAUACAGUCUGUGGAUAGCUAGUGAUGAUCCACGAGACAGGCUAAUAAGCUUGAAUAACAGACAGGCGGCCGUUAACAAGAAUGGUUCAUAUACCUUUGUUCUGAGUGGAAUCGACCCGGGCGUUUUCAACUGGCUCAAUACUCUGGAGGAGGGAGUGGGCACAAUCGUGGCUAGAUUCCAAGGAAUUCCACUGGGAGGAGAUGCUGUCGGCCAUAUUCGAGUUUGGACACAACUUUGUGAUUUUGACGAUUUGCACUCAGUUCUUCCCUACGACACCACAUACGUUACACCACAACACCGGGCAAAUCAAAUGAUGGUUAGAGCACGAGGAUUUGAUAGGAUUCAUUCAUUGUACAGACCAUGUUCGGCUUAUCCAUAUCCAUGGUGGCAGAUGGCCUUGCCUAUGGAAUGGUUAGGCUUAAACCCCCCUUGCCCGUCGGUUUAAUACUAGUAUGGUAUCAGGCCAAAGUUUAACGAGUGGGUUAGGUACCCGUGGGGCGAGCUAGUUAAAGGACUAUGCUUUAAGUUUACGAAAGGUUAUUGUGUGUGUUGCGUUUUUUUUUUUUCUAUGGGAGUUUGAUCCAUUUUCCUAUUUUGAAAAAAUUACUAUAAAUAGAAGUGUCCUGGUU